GCUGCAUCCAGUAUGCCCCCACGGACAUUCACUCCUUCUGUACUCACCAGUAUAUCCAGAGCACUCAAACCUCCCAGCUUGCCUCCUAUCAUUCCACCUCAUACUCAAACCACCGCCAGUAAUCGACCACCUACUGAUGCAGCCGUCCUGAUCCCACUCAUGAACAUCAAUUCAGAACCUCAUAUACUUAUGGAGCUACGGGCGAGUAGUAUGAGAGUACAUGCUGGUGAAGCGAGUUUUCCUGGUGGUAAAGCAGAUGAUACAGACAGAGACCUUGUACAUACUGCCUUGAGAGAGGCCCAUGAAGAAUUGGCUUUACCGCCUUCUAGUGUUGAAAUCCUCGGUAUGUUAGAUCCGGAAUACAGCCUUGGUAAUCGUUCUCGGGUUUGGCCUUUCGUGGGUUUCAUUCACUCGGCACCACCGCCAUUUUCCAACGCGGUGUCCUCCCUGUCGUCACUUCCACUAUCCUCCCUAAUACUGUCAUCUGCUGAGGUUUCUGCCAUCUUACCCCUUCCUCUCUCAGCGCUAUCUGAUCCCAGACGCCGCUCCAUACAUCUCUUUCGUCUGAACAGGUUCCGACCAUAUUACAAGAUAAGGGCAGAUGAUCUCGUGAUACCUCUGCCGGGCAGUAAGGUUGAUAUACCAGAACAUUUGGAAAUAUGGGGAUUGAGCGGUUGGUUAUUGAAUAAGUUUGCGGAGAAAGUUGGAUGGUUGGAUACGCCGGAAAUUGAAAAAUCUCCUGAGGACUAGGGUAUGAAAAUGGGGGCGAGGUAUUAGAUGAAGGGGCAUGGUGGAUGCCUUCAAUAUAAGGGGAAAUGUGAUUGAAAUAAUGAUCAACAGACAAAUAUUCACAAUUAUAAUGACAUUAAAU